UAUCGCUAUGCGGCAGUUGUUCGUUCGUCUUCGAUCGCGACACAUCACAUCACAGGCGUGCGUGCAUUCCCUCUCGUGUAUCCUUUGGCGGAGAAAACGCAGGACUUUUGGUGAUUGGUGAAUCAGAUCGAUCCUGAUCGAGGAUGAAGCUGUUUGUGGUUCUGUUCGCGUUACUGGCGGCUGCAAUUGCGGCUCCCGUGGCACAGUUUGGGUUCGGAUAUCCCGGUUUCGUAGGAGUUCCAGCCAAAGCAUAUCGAAAAGCCCUGCGAAGAGGAUACUUUCCGGUAGCGGUUGCGGUGCCCGUAGCGGUCGCACCGGUCGGAAUAGCUCCGGUCGGUGUAGUAGCUCCCGUAGGAUACGCAGUGCCAGGUGGUGGUCCGAUUGGUCACUACGGUGGAGGCGGCGGUGGCGGUUUCUCCGGUAGCCAGGCGAACGCUCAAUCCGCUUCCUUCAACAUUGGUCUCGGUGGAAUCUCGGGAUCGUUCAGUAACUCGAACGCCAACUCGUUCGGCGGUGGUAAUGGCGGUGGCUUCGGUGGAUCCGGUGCCCAAGCUUCCGCCCAGUCGUCCUCGUUCGGUGGUGGACUCGGAGGAUUCGGAGGCUCCGGUUCGAGUGCCCAAGCGUCAGCAAACUCGUUCGGCGGUGGUGGUGGUGGACUGCUACCCUUCUUCUAAGUGCCACGAGAAGGGUACGGUGCAUCUAUAGACAUGACACGAGGGUCGAUGCCCUUCAUCGAAUUGCCAACAUCGCUCUUGAUGGAGAGAGUGUUUUGAACUUUAAUUCGUUCAUUUCGGAAAACUUACGGCAAUGAUUUUGUCUGCAUUGUUUUUGUUUAAGUGAUUUUUUUUAAAUUUAUGAAUAAAAAACCGAAAGAAAACAUAUGAAAUGCUUCAAAAGUA